AUGGCGCUGCUGCAGGACGCAAUGGAGACGCGAGACGCCGUGGCCCUCGCCCAUGCCUGGGCUUGCGCGGCGCCCGGCGACGACGCGGAGCGGCUCGGCGACGCGCUGUCCCUCGCGGUGCUCGGCGGCCUCGACGGCGCGGCCGCGGGCGACAUCGGCGCUCGCGCGGCGCUCGUCGGCGACGCGUCGUUCUGGCGGCGCGACUGGGAGCGGAACGCGCGCGUCGUCGCCGCGGCCGGGAGCGCGGCGACCCUCCCGUGCUUCGACGACGGCGCCGGCGCGCGGCGCCCGGCCGCGCCGCGCCCGCCGCCCGCGGGGGCCCUCGGCCCGACGCUCGCGGCGGCCGCCGCGCCGCCGGGCCCGUCGCUCGCGACCGUGCGCGACGCGGACCCGGGCCGUGACGCCUGCGACUGCGCCUUCGACGUGCUCCGACGGCCGGCGCCGGUCGCCGAGGGCGCCGACUACGUCCGCGCGUCGUGCGCGCGCGACGGCGCGGGCCUCGGCGGCGGCGCCGCCGCGAGCGUCGUCGUCCUCGGCGCCGACGCGCGCUUCCGCUGCGCGGCCGAGGCGCGGCGCGCCGUGCAGCGCGUCCUGCGCGUCGGCUGCUCCGUGAACCUGUACGCGACGCCGCCGGGCGCGCAGGCGCUCGACGCGCACUACGACGACCACUGCGUCUUCGUCGUCCAGCUCCGGGGCCGCAAGCGCUGGCGCCUCUACGGCCCGGCCCUCGAGUGCCCGACGCUCCACGAGGCGACGUUGCCGCCGCCGCCGGAGCUGCUGCGGCGCGGCGCGGACCACGCGGUCACGCUCGCGCCGGGCGACGUUUUGUACGUCCCGCGGGGCGUCUACCACGCCGCGACGGCCUGCGAGGACGCGGGCUCGGACUCAGCCCACGUGACCGUCGGCGUGGACCUCGACCCGGCGCUGACGUGGCGCGGCGCGUUCCACGCGGCGCUGCGCGACGCGGCCGUCGCGACGCACGCGUGCCUGCGCCGCGCCGCCGAAACGUCGCCGGCGCUGCGGCGCGCGUGCCUGCCCGCGCUCAUGGACGCCGCGCCGGGCCCGACGGCCGCGGCCGUCAAAUCCGCCGCCGCCGCGGCGCUCCGGGCCUGCGGCUCCGCGGUCGUCGACGGGUCCGCGCUCGCGGACGACGUCGCGUCCCUCGCGGGGCUCGCCGUGCCCCGGGGCGCCAUCGCCGUCGGCGCCGCGGACUUUGCCGACGCCGCGCGCGCGGUGGAGGGCGCGGUCGUCGACGCCUCCGUAUUCGCGUCGCGGCGCGCCGUCGCGCGCGCCGUCCUCGACGAGUCCGCGGCGCUGUCCGCGUUCUACCGCGUGCUCGGCGGCGGGGCGUAA